UAGUGAGGACGAGGACGAGGAGGACUCAGACGCAUCGGAUUUGAGUGAUAUUGACGAUAUUCCAGAACCAGAAAAGUGGAGAAUUAUCACGGAAUCAGGAAUCAUGGAACAGGCAGAUGUGAAAGAAAGUCAAUCCAGGGCUGCGAGAUUGCGUCGUCAAAGGGACGAAGCACAGGAGGAGGAUGUGGAGAGGGACUAUAUCUUUGAGGGUGUUUUCUUUUCAAUCCCAACAACAUGUCUCUUUAUCGUCAUGGACAUCCUGGUCCAUCGACAGUUUGGUGAGAACUAUGCUGGUGGCGAUAUUUUCCGUAAGGUCAUCAAGAUCUUUCCUGCAAUCCUCAUCAUGGUGUAUUUCAGCAACAAGCACAAGACCAGCAAGUUCACGCAGACAGCCAUGUUUGCGAUCUCGACCCUCUGUGGAUGCUACUUUUUGCACACCAUGUUCCGAUCCCCAGCCAUGGGUAUCAUGCUGCGCGCGCCUGGUAUUAUCACCAUCCUCGUCUACUGUAUUGUCCAGCUACACCUACUUCCGGCCGUGAUCAGUCUUGCGCUCUGUGGGCUGUAUUAUCAGUUUGGAAAUGUCAAAUAUAGUAAUCAUCGCCGUUAAUAAACCCUCUUUGAGAGCAGC